CCCAGUGCGAGGCGGGGCCGGGGCCGGGGCGGGGCCGCGUGAGAGCGGUGGUGCUUGGCGGCGUCCGGCAGUGCGGCGGUGUCUGUACCCAUGGCGGCUGGUAGCGCUGGCAGCGGCGGCGCCGGGGCGCCCGAGCGGCCCUACGAGCUGGUGGUGUUCGGCGCCUCGGGCUUCACCGGGCAGUUUGUGGUGGAGGAGGUGGCGCGGGUGGCCGCCAGCGGGGAGCGGCGCGGCGCCCUGCGCUGGGCUGUGGCCGGGCGGAGCCGGCAGAAGCUGCAGGCGGUGCUGGAGCGGGCGGCCGAGAAGCUUGGGAAGGCGGCGGUCGGGCCGGAGGUCGGCGUGCUGCUGUGCGAUGUGGACGACGCGGCCUCGCUGGCCGCCAUGGCGAGGCAGACCCGGCUGGUGCUCAACUGCGUGGGCCCGUAUAGAUUCUUUGGAGAGCCUGUGGUAAAAGCUUGUGUUGAAAAUGGUGCAAGCCACAUUGACAUCAGUGGAGAACCCCAGUUUCUGGAAGGAAUGUACCUGAAAUACAAUGAAAAAGCUGCGGAAAAGGGAGUAUAUGUCAUUGGAAGCUGUGGUUUUGACUCAAUACCAGCCGAUAUGGGAGUACUGUACACCAGAGACAAGUUGAAAGGUACCUUAACUGCUGUUGAAAGUUUCCUUAAGGUGAAAUCCGGGCCUGAGGGAACUUGUAUACAUGAUGGGACCUGGAAGUCAGCUAUUCAUGGUCUUGCGGAUCAAGACAACCUGAAGAAGCUUCGAAAAAAGAUAGGAUAUGCCCCUGUUCCAGUAGUUGGUGCAAAGCUUAAAAGGAGAGGGCUUGUGUUCUACAGUAAGGAACUCAAAGGGUACUCCAUUCCCUUCAUGGGAUCUGAUGCUUCCGUUGUGAAACGGUCUCAGCGUUACUUGCACACAGAGUUGCAAGAAACACCUGUGCAGUAUGGUGCUUAUGUGAACGUAGGUGGUCUUGGUUCUGUUAUGAAGCUGAUGUUUGCUGGCAUUUUAUUUCUUCUUCUUGUGAAGUUUAGCUUUGGAAGAAAACUUAUGACAAAAUACCCAGAAUUUUUCUCUGCUGGACACUUCACAAAGGAAGGACCAACCCAGAAACAGAUGGAUGGAACCUCUUUUACAAUGACUUUUUUUGGUGAGGGUUACAGUGAGGGGCAAGAUCCCCAGAGUGGCAAACCAAAUGUAAAGAUCUGCACUGAAGUGAAAGGACCAGAGCCUGGCUAUAUUGCUACACCAAUUGCAAUGGUUCAAGCAGCCAUGUCUCUUCUGGAAGAUGCAACUUGUCUGCCUAAACAGGGUGGUGUAUAUUCUCCAGGAGCUGCUUUCUGCAAAACAAAGCUGAUUGAUCGCCUCAACAAACAUGGUAUUGAGUUCUCCGUUAUUAGCAAGCCUGAAGUCUGAACUCAAAACAUAACUGUAUGAACUAACACCUUUCCUGAGUCUAGCUCCAAUAAAGCUCAUUUGGCUGCAGAAGCCUAAUCAUAAAAUAGUUAUACUGUGCUAUUGUUUACAGCAGAAACAGAAUUAAAAAUGAGUUUAAAGUUAUAAUACUAUUUGCUAUAGUGAACAAACCCAUAGAGGCUAUUGAGUUUUAAUUCACAAGCCUAUUACUGGGUGCUAGGUCUAAAAUGUUGUUUGAUCUCUUCCAUCUGAGCUUUAAGUUACUACAUAAUGGAACUGCUAUAGCAUCUGCUUCACCAUUAAACAGCCUUCUUCCUUCACCCCAUUCCACCACUACUAAAAGCAGGUGGGCCCCAGCUAACAAGUGCCUUAGCAGAUGAAACCACUAGUUAGUCUUCCUGCUUGUUUGGGAUGGUUGCUAUGACUUUGUGGUGGUCUUCCUUUUAACGCCUUCAUGGCCAUGGUGAAAUAAAGGAGGAGGAGUGAUUUCUCAGUUUAAAGGAAUAGUUUUGUUGUCUUAUCCUGGGUUAUAAUAAAGAUGAGCUGCCUCUGUGCUGUUGUCUUAA